AUGUCUGUCCAAGACGGUACCCGCUUCGACUUUAUUGUGGUUGAUGGUGGUACAGCAGGCAACAUCGUUGCUUGUCGCCUUACAGAAAGCCCCCAUUCCAGAACUCUCAUCGAAGCUGGCACCGGAAGCUCCAAGGGCAGUGAGGAAAUUCGGACACCUGGUCUUGCUAUGGACAUUCGUGACAGCCAGUAUGAUUGGGCUUACAAAAUUACCAUGGUGAAGCGCGAUGACUACGAGCGUAUCGAGAAGCCCAACACCCGUGGAAAGGCUCUUGGUGGUAGCUCAUCCUUGAAUUACUUUUCUUGGGUCCCUGGUUCUAAGGACACCCGGGCACCUGUGAUAUGUGGGAACGAUACGAGUGUGACUUAUUGCGAUGACGCUGGCCUUUAUCCUCUAGAGCUUAAGAAGAUUGGUGCAGGCGGUUUAAUUCCAAUUUCUCAUGCUGAGCUCAUCCUGGAAAUGAAGGGAUUUCGUGACCGCCUCGCCAAAGCCUGGAAGUCUACUGGUCAACCUAUCUCAGAAAACUUCUUUUAUGGUGAGAUGCAUAGCCUAGUUCAUAGUGUCAACACUAUCUAUAAAGCUCGGCGCUCAGGAAGCGUCCUGGAAGUUGUGGAUAAGCCGAAUAUCACUAUACCCCCUGAGGCUCACUCGAAACGGCUCAUCAUUGAUAAUGCCGGCCGUACCGCUAAGGGUGUUACCGUGAUUACCGGCUCUGGACAAGAGUUGAACCUCUAUGCUACCCGCGAAGGUAUCGUCUCUCAGGGGGUUUUUGAAACUAAUAAGCUGCUGAUCCUCAGCGGUAUCGGGCCGGCAUCUGAGCUGGCUAAGCAUAAUAUUCCCGUGGUUGUUGAUUCGCGCCAUGUGGGCCAGCAUCUCUUGGAUCACCCCGGCGUUCCCUUUGUUUUCCGUCUCAAGGAUGACUUCCCAAUGGAUGACCAUGGACACCAUGGCCCUAUGAGCUCGCCUUUCCUUGGAAUGAUUGGUUUCCCUCGCAUCAACAAGUAUCCGGAAAAUUCACCCGAAGAACUUAAAGCAAAAGCAGCAAAUUGUGGGCUCGAUUCGUUCUUUCCAUAUGGCCAGCCACGUUUUGAACUUAGUUUCAUUCCUCUAAUUGGCAGUGCCUUCCAGCGGCAUUUCCCGCAUCCAAACAGAGGAAGCUAUAUGACGGUUAUGGUGGAUCUUGUUCGUCCUGUCUUUAAGGGCGGCGAGGUCACCCUGAAUAGCAUGGAUUCUUUGGAGAAACCUAACAUCAAAUUGAACUAUUUAAACGAUGGCCCUGAUACUAUUGCCAUUCGCAAGGGUAUCAGGUUUGCGUAUGAUGUGCUCAAGAAUGGUGAAGGAUUUAAGGACAUUGUUGUGGAUGAAUAUCCUUGGGAUAUGCCUCUCCAUGACGACCAAGCGAUGAAGAGAACAGUUCUGUAUCGCUCUCAAACCUCUUUUCAUCAUUGCGGUACUGCUCGACUCUCGAUGAGUAUCCACUCAGGUGUAGUAGAUGCGGGUCUGAAGGCACAUGGCAUCAGUAACCUGCGGGUCAUUGACGCUUCUGUUAUUCCUGUUAUUCCGGACUGUCGCAUUCAGAACUCAAGUCUACAUGGUGGCAGAGAAGGACUUCUUUCAUAG